AUGAGCUCUUACACCGACGACGAGUGGACUCUUCUCAAUCCCACCGCACCGCCUCAAGCAGAUAUGGAUACCAGCGCCCACGAACUCCCCAGCACGGCUGCUGCUCCUGCCCGUGACUGCACCAUCAAUGUCAAGGCUGAUGCCGACGCAAAGAAACACAACGACGACUGCACUUGCGAGACAAAGCCAGCGCUCGUCCGCAAAGACAGUAUCGAGUCCUUCGAUGAAGAUUACCGCCGUCCGCGUCGUGCUGGUCGCGUUCCCCCUCCUCCUCAGCGUCGGUACACCCCAUCACCACACCGAUACUACCCGCCACCGAACCCCUUCUCAUACCAAUCCUCUGCAGUCAACUCGUCGACCCAACUGCUCGACAAAGUCGGCAAGGAAGACGGCAUCGUCGAAUUCCCGCCGCCUGCUGUCCGCAACGUCUACCUGACCACCUACCCCUUUGGUGACAAAGAUGUGAAGAAGUGGUCCUGGCUAUUCGCCUCAGGCGUCGAGGACGAGUACGUCGCGCAGAGCACCCGCGACAUGAACGGCGACAUGCCCAGCGUCGAGCGCGUCCGUCAGCGCCGCGGCGAGUUCCCCAUCUACGAUCCUGCAAACAUCGACAUUCCGUCUGUGUAUCUGUCGCGGGCUCUCGAUGUGGAGGUCGUCCCCGAGGACACCAAGCACAACGUGCGCUAUCUUAUCGUCACGCAAAACCGUCACCGACCUGCGGGAUGUAAGCUGAUUGUCGCCGAGUCCAGGAAAGCAGCGGGUGUUUUGAUUUACUAUGAGAUUCUGAAGGGAGACUCGGUUCUGUUUAUGGGCGCUACGGUGCACCAGUGCAAGACUGUCCAUCCCAAGAAGUACAAGAAAGUAAAUAGCCUGGAGGAGGCCAUCAGUAUCCAGGAGGAGGGUUUCGUUGGUGUCAUCUGCUGA